UUUGUGAAGUAUUUUUCUUCUCAUUUUAACCCUUCAAUUACUUAAAUUCACCUUCGUUUCCAAAAACCCUAGCAUAGAAUUAUCUGCUUAAUAAAUACUACUACCAGUUCGAAUCUCUGUUUUUGUCAAAUAACGAAGAAAUAUGCACUUGUAACUCCUUUUAUAACAAGUUUAUUUAGUCUAAGUCACUUCCUUUUCUCUAUUUUUUAUACUUCUCAUAGCCUCUACUGUGAAAUCCUUUUUCAGGUGAUGUAUUUUGCCUUCUUCUAACGUGUAAUUCUCUGAAACUUUUAUUGGAGUAAUAGUUUUUGAUUUGUUAGUUGUUGAUCCGUUUGGCCAUGGAAAUUGUGAGUAUUUGAUAAAAAAGUAGUUAUUGUUUUCAAAGUGAAAUUGGAGUUGUUUUGGCCAUGAAUACAAAUUGGAGUUGUUUUUCAAUUUUUGUGAGUGAAAAAAUAAAUAAAAUGAAAAAAUUUCCGGAAUUUUAUGGCCAAACAUGAUUUCCGGAAAAAAGUAAAAAAUAUUCAUGGACAAACGACCACUUAUGUCAUAACUAUUUUUUUUUUUGGGGGGGUUGCGAUUUGCUUCUGCAGUGAUAGAAUAGGUCAAGGACGGUCAACAUGUAUAUAAAACAGGUCAUAAUUGAAGGGUAUAAGAGUUAUAAGGAACAAGUAGCCACUGAAGAUUUCAGUCCGAGAGUUAACUGUGUUGUUGGUGCAAAUGGAUCUGGCAAAUCUAACUCUUUCCAUGCAAUCCGUUUUAUUGUAAGCCACCUCUUUCAUAACCUGCGCAGUGAAGAAAGGCAGGCUUUGCUUCAUGAAGGAGCAGGUCACCCAGUAUUAUCUGCUUUUGUGGAAAUUGUAUUUUUGAUAAUUCAGACAAUCGAAUGCCGGUACAUACAUUGACAAGAAAUGCCCAUUCACUGGCAAUGUUUCCAUCCGAGGUCGUAUCCUUGCUGGUACAUGCCACAGUGC